ACCACAACCAAGGUCAAUUGAAAACUGUGUACGUGUUUGUAUUUAAAAAGCUAAUUCAUCUAAAAAUUGAGAUAUAUAUUGUCCAAGCUGUUACACUGAGAUUGAGGAAAUGUCGAGCCCAAAACAGGAGUCUGAGUUGAAAGCGGGCCACCCACCAGCAGUAAAAGCUGGAGGCAUGAGGAUAACCCAGCACAAAACUAGAAAGGAUUCUGGAGGAAUAUCGGAGGACGUUACUGGUAUAACUAUGACGGGCAGUCCACCAAAAACAACUUCUAUAUCAGGAGCAAUUCCUAAGGGCCAUGCAGAUUUUCCAGCAGAGGCUGUUCAGAGUUUUCACAAAGAAAAGCCCCCAGCUGUACAUCCAAGUAAACCAUUGGUUAAUAUUCAACAGCCUAGGAAGUAGUUUGUAUUUUAUAUACAUACUGGAGUUUUGCAUUUUCAUUUUAUUUUAAAAA